AUGUCCUUCCCGCAGCUGGGCUACCCGCAGUACCUGAGCGCCGCGGGGCCCGGCGCCUACGGCGGCGAGCGCCCGGGGGUGCUGGCCGCGGCUGCGGCGGCCGCCGCCGCCGCCUCGUCGGGCCGGCCGGGGGCGGCGGAGCUGGGUGCGGGAGCGGGUGCGGCCGCCGUCACCUCGGUGCUGGGCAUGUACGCGGCGGCCGGCCCGUACGCGGGCGCGCCCAACUACAGCGCCUUCCUGCCCUACGCCGCCGACCUCAGCCUCUUCUCGCAGAUGGGCUCACAAUAUGAACUCAAAGACAACCCCGGGGUGCACCCUGCCACCUUCGCAGCCCACACGGCGCCAGCCUACUACCCCUAUGGCCAGUUCCAGUACGGGGACCCCGGGCGGCCCAAGAACGCCACGCGCGAGAGCACCAGCACGCUCAAGGCCUGGCUCAACGAGCACCGCAAGAACCCCUACCCCACCAAGGGCGAGAAGAUCAUGCUGGCCAUCAUCACCAAGAUGACCCUCACGCAGGUCUCCACCUGGUUCGCCAACGCGCGCCGGCGCCUCAAGAAGGAGAACAAGGUGACGUGGGGCGCGCGCAGCAAGGACCAGGAGGACGGAGCCCUCUUCGGAAGCGAUACGGAGGGCGACCCCGAGAAGGCUGAGGACGAUGAGGAGAUCGACCUGGAGAGCAUCGACAUCGACAAAAUCGACGAGCACGACGGCGACCAGAGCAAUGAGGACGAGGAAGACAAGGCCGAGGCGCCGCGAGCGCUGGCGGCACCUACAGCCCUGGCUCAGGACCAGGGCUCACCGCUAGCAGCCGCCGACGCGCUCAAGUCCCAGGACUCGCCCCUGGGCCUGGUCAAGGAGGUCCCGGAGCCUGGCAGCACGCGCCUGCUGAGUCCGGGCGCCGCGUCGGGCGGCCUGCAGGGUGUGCCGCACAGCAAGCCCAAGAUCUGGUCCUUGGCCGAAACGGCCACGAGUCCCGACGGCGCGCCCAAGGCCUCCCCGCCGCCUCCCGCCAGCCAUCCCGGCGCGCAUGGGCCCCCCGCGGGCACACCGCUGCAACACCCCGCCUUCCUGCCCAGCCACGGACUGUACACCUGCCACAUCGGCAAGUUCUCCAACUGGACCAACGGCGCGUUCCUCGCGCAGGGCUCCCUGCUCAACAUGCGCUCCUUCCUGGGUGUCGGCGCGCCCCACGCCGCGCCCCACGGCCCGCACCUGCCUGCGCCACCGCCGCCGCCGCAGCCGCCGGUCCACGUUGCUACAGGGAUGCUCCAUGGUGACAAGGCCUCUGCUCGCAGCAGCCCCGCGCUCCCAGAGAGAGACCUCGUCCCCAGGCCGGACUCGCCGGCACAGCAGUUAAAAUCGCCCUUCCAGCCCGUGCGCGACAACUCGCUGGCCCCGCAGGAGGGAACGCCCCGGAUCCUAGCAGCCCUCCCGUCCGCCUGA